CUCAUCUUCAUCCCACAACUCUUUCCGUCCAACCUCACAUCCGUCCACAUCCACACCAACAACCAUCUCGAGUCAUCGCACCAAUUCAAUGUCUUCUCAGGCCCCCAUUGCCACCGGCGACCUCGCCUCCCUCUCCCGCUCCAACCCUCCCCCGCCCUACCCGGGAGAGGGCUAUGACUUCACCCCCACGCCCCAGAAUGUCAAUCGCCCCCGCCUCCCCGAGCCGCGCCGCAACCCCUACCUCCGCAGGCUCCCCGAGGAUGCCACUCUUGUCAAGUUCCAGACCAUUGUCCGCGAGGGCAAGGAGAUAAUCAUCGGUCGCAUCAAGGUCCAGACUCCCGAGAGAACCGGCGCCCAGCACGCCUUCAUCCUGCGUCGCUACGACACGGAUGCCGUCUCCCUCACUACCAUGUUCAAGGUUGCCUUCCCUGGAUCGACUGACGAGGAGGAGAGGCGCGAGAUGGACUGGGUUCGUUCCUCGUACGACACUAGCGGUACCAACGGCUCGCGUGACUGCAACACUGUCCGCCUUGCUGGCCAGUGGGUGAGUCGUCACCUCGCCAUCCACCUGGCCCCGGCCUACAACCUCACGGAGCUUGUCAUGGCUCUGUGCAAGGCUGCCCCCGACCCGAACAUUUCGUACCGCAAGUCUCAGCGGUCGCAGGCGGCCGCCGAUGAGCUCGCUCGCAGCCGUCAGUCCCACCAGCAGCUGACUGCUGCUCCUGCUGCUGGCACCUCGGCGCAGCCGGCUCAGCCGGCGCGCGUUGCGCCCAGCAUGAUGGCGGAUGAAGUCAACGCGCCCGUGCCCAAGCGCCAGCGCCCCGCCGAGGCUGAGGACCGGCGCCGCCUCACGCUUGAGGCCACCACCACGGUUACUGCGCCUUACGGCCGCGUGGUUGACAUCAAUGCCGAGAUUGAGUCGGCCAAGCAGCUUGUGCGUGACCUGCGCCGUGAGCUCCAGCUCCGUACCGCCGCGGGCGAGGAGCUUGAGGAUCUCGGCGGCGCCGAGGACGAGAACUAUGCGCGUGGCCGCAAGCGUGCGGCCAACGCUGAUGCGGCGGUUGUUCCCGCCGGUGCUCCGUCGGGCACGGAGCGCGUUAUCCGCAAGAACAAGCGUGUUGAGCGGGACACGGAGAAUGUCAAGCAGAUGGCGUUUGGCGCCAUGCUGUUUGGCCUGGGCGCGGCUGCCGCCGUCUUCUUCCCGUCGCUCGCUGCUCAGUACAUGUAGGUAAGAGUGUCCGUAGGGUUUGUGGGUAGGUAGUGUCUCUAGUGGUCUUGUGUUUCUCGGUAGAUAGAACCCCCCGAUAGCCUGUAGCCCGUAGCACCAUAUUUGGUAGUCGUCUGGGAUCAGGUGAGUGCGGUGACGGUUUGUAGUAGUAUAUAGUGGUAUAUGGUAUAGGAUUUGGUUAGGUGGGUGU